AUGGACGGGCCCCUGAACCUCUCCGCCACCCCGUGGGCAGCAGCGGCCAACCGGAGCGGCGGCGGGGGCCCCCCGGCGGCCCUGCCCGGCCGGGCCCCGCUGUCGGUGUUCGGGGUGCUGCUGCUCACCCUGCUGGCGCUCCUGGCCGCCGCCACCUUCCUGUGGAACGUGCUGGUGCUGGCCACCAUCCUGCGGGUGCGCGCCUUCCACCGCGUGCCCCACAACCUGGUGGCCUCCAUGGCCGUCUCGGACGUGAUGGUGGCGGCGCUGGUCAUGCCCCUCAGCCUGGUGCACGAGCUGGCCGGGCGGCGCUGGCAGCUGGGCCGGGCGCUGUGCCACGUGUGGAUCGCCUUCGACGUGCUGUGCUGCACGGCCAGCAUCUGGAACGUGACGGCCAUCGCCCUGGACCGCUACUGGUCCCUCAGCCGCCACCUGGAGUACACCCUGCGCGCCCGCCGCUGCAUCUCCAACGCCAUGAUCGCCCUCACCUGGGCCCUCUCCGCCGUCAUCGCCCUGGCCCCGCUGCUCUUCGGCUGGGGCGAGACCUACUCCGAGGGCAACCAGGAGUGCCAGGUCAGCCAGGAGCCUUCCUACACGGUCUUCUCCACCUUCGGCGCCUUCUACCUGCCGCUCUGCGUCGUGCUCUUUGUCUACUGGAAGAUCUACAAGGCGGCCAAGUUUCGCCUCGGAUCCCGGAAGAGCAACUCCAUCACCCCCAUCGCCCCCGAAGGGCUAGAGGUGAAGGAGGCCUCCCAACAAUCCCAGAUGGUCUUCACAGUCCGCCACGCCACUGUUACCUUCCAGACCGAUGGAGACACGUGGAGAGAGCAGAAGGAGAAGAAAGCUGUCCUCAUGGUGGGCAUCCUUAUUGGGGUCUUCGUACUAUGCUGGAUCCCCUUCUUCAUCACUGAACUCAUCAACCCUCUCUGCUCCUGUGACAUCCCACCCAUUUGGAAAAGUAUUUUUCUAUGGCUCGGCUAUUCUAAUUCCUUUUUUAAUCCAUUGAUCUAUACGGCUUUCAACAAAAACUACAACAAUGCCUUCAGGAACCUGUUUUCCAGACAGCACUGA